GGGUGUGCUGGAAGUAUGGGGUGCAUUCAAAGCACUCAUGGGCUCAAGAGGCAUGGACCUGGUACCAGCACUGGAGGGAUCCCCAUGAAGGCACACCCUGAUGUGUAUCCUGAAAUCCUUCAGCUUGCAGAGCUCACCAAGUCUGGGAGCCAUGCUUUCACAGUCAAGAGUUUCAAGAAGAAACUGGUGUGUGAUGUGUGCCAGCAGAACAUCGACAACCCUGGGGCUUUCUGCAAGGAGUGCAAAGUUGCAGUUCACAAGACAUGUGAAGCCAAGGUGACUGCAACCUGCACUCCAGUUCCAGACCUGCACAGUUCCACUAAAUCAACAUCACAGAAGAAAAGAGGCUCCAUACCAAGAAGUAAAAGCGUGGAACAAGUGAUGGAGCAUGUGAUGGAGUGCCACUACGACUUUGACCUCACCUACAUCACAGAGAGGAUCAUCUCCGUCUUCUUCCUGCCAGACCUGGAAGAGCAGCGUUACUGCAGAAACCUGCAGGAAGUGGCUUCCAUGCUCAAAUCAAAACACCAAGAUAAGUUUCUGCUUUUGAAUUUAUCAGAGAAGAGACAUGACAUCACCAGACUUAACCCAAAGGUGCAGGAUUACGGCUGGCCCGAUCUUCACGCCCCUCCUCUGGACAGGAUUUGUGCCAUUUGUAAAGCCAUGGAGACCUGGCUGACCUCUGACCCCAAUAACGUUGUGGUCCUCCACUGCAAAGGAAACAAAGGAAAGACGGGAGUCAUUGUGGCAGCUUAUAUGCACUACAGCAAGAUAUCAGCUGGAGUGGACCAAGCUCUCACCACAUUGGCCAUGAGGAAGUUCUGUGAGGACAAAGUCUCUUCUUCCCUGCAGCCCUCUCAGAAAAGAUACAUCUACUACUUUAGUGGUUUGCUGUCCAGUACCAUCAAAAUGAACAGCAGUCCUCUGUUCCUUCACCAGAUCCUUGUUCCCUCAUUACCAAACUUCCAGACAGGAGGAGGAUUUUAUCCUUUCCUUAAAAUCUACCAGUCUCUACAACUUGUCUACACAUCAGGAGUCUAUGAUCCCCAGAGCUCCAGGGCGAGAAAGCUGUGUGUGACGAUGGAGCCAGCGCUACUAUUAAAGGGGGACAUCAUGGUGAAGUGCUACCACCGGCGGAGCAGAAUCACAGAGAGGGAGGUGGUGUUUAGAGUCCAGUUCCACACCUGCACCGUUCAUGGAGCCCAGCUGUGGUUUGGCAAGACAGAGCUAGACUUGGCCUGCACAGAUGACAGAUUCCCUCCAGAUGCUACAGUGGAGUUCAUCUUCUCCAAUGGACCAGAAAAAAUUAAAGGUCGAGAAUACCGCAAAAAUGACACCUCCAUCAGGGUAGACUACAACACCUCAGACCCUGUAGUCAGAUGGGAUUCCUAUGAGAACUUCAAUCUCCACCAUGAAGACAGCUUGGAGAAUAUCUCUCAUACAAGAGGCCCUCUAGAUGGCAGCUUGUAUGCCCAAGUGAGGAAGAGACGUGGACCAGGUGCAACUGCCUCAGUGGCUUCACCUAAUGGAUGUCUCACUAGCAGCCCAACGGUGAAACCCCAGUCUCCCACCCACGCUCAAUCUCUCAGCUGCACUUCUAACUCCAGCUGCUCCUCAGUCCCAUCUGAACACCUUGGAGAAGCCUCUGUGUCCAUCAACUGUCCUGAGGGACGAAACAGUGAGUGUCCGUCAAGGAGAGAAGAUGUGGAAGACAGAACAAAGGAGAAGAUAAGAGAGAAAGAAAAAGACAGAGAAACUGCUAUUUUAGAUGAUGGAGAUCUGUCAAGUCCAAGAGGUUUAAGGCGAGAACAUUCCUGUUGGGGUCGGGCAAGUACAAAAUCUAGUGAUGUGGAAUGGGAAAGGGACAAAGAGCUCUGUCUGUCUAGCAGUCAUUAUCGUGGAUGUUCUAACAAUAUUAAAAGCCAUCCAAAAAGCCAAACUCUGCCAGCUUUACCAUCCAAAUCUAUAUCCCCUCCUCCUUCUCAUCAUUCAGCUCACAUGGACUUUUGCCAUCGCCAUAGUGCCCAUCCUUUACCUGAGUUACCAUGGGAACGUCCACUUCCUCCUCCAUCCCUCCCCUGCCUACAUAGGCCAUGCUACCCUUAUCCAUCUCCUGAACAUGCCCACACUCACACCCACACCCUGCCGACCUCGAACAGACUCUGUCCGGGGGAAGAGUGCCACUUCUUCCACUACUCCAGCCAUGGACCAGGCUCUCACCUCUCUCACCAACCACAGCCCACAAGCCCUUACAGAGAAAUGUUUUUCAGCUCUCCUGUAUCACCCUCUUGCUGCCCGUGUCAGGACAGUUCCAGUCGGCGAGAGCAUCAACCAGCCUCAGUUAGAGCUUUCCACCAACUGCGCUCCAACCAACCAGAAAACCCACAUUGGUCCCAAGGAGCUGGGGUACAACGGGCAAGAGAGGCACCUCCACUAUGGGAAACUGAAGAUCCAUGGGAGUUGGCAAGAGAGGCAGAACUGUGGCAGUGCAAAUCAUCCGUACCAGUGUUUCACCUCUGCCACUCUACUUUGGAACAGGUUGCAAACCCGGAGCAACCUAGAUUUGCCAUUACACCUCACCAGAAUUUCUCCACUCCCCAAUCGCUAAUGGAUGUGCGGGAUGGAGCGAGCAGCGGGUAUCACACUCCUCUACAACCCCGCCACUCGUGCCCCUGCUCUCCAUAUCGGUCAUCCCCAUCUGAAAGCCGUGAGAGUCGAGGUUAUGCCUCAGGGUAUCACUCUAGAUCAACCUCGCCUCUGCCUACAAGUAGUCCAUCUCCUGGAAGAGGAAGGCUACCUGAUUUCCCCUCAGGAUCUGGAGACCAGCCACACACUAUGCACAACAAAGUAGAAAAUGCCAAGACGGAUGCAGAAGAUGGCACAUCUCAAGGUUCAGAAAGUAAAUCUGACUCUCAUGGUCAGUCAAGCACCCCUGGUCUGGAUUCUGAUCAUGAUUACACACUUAUUGGUAACAGCAGCCCAACUCACACGGAAGGCAGUGUAACAGCUGAUAGUCCCAAUCAAAGACAAGAAAGUGCUACACAUCUGGAGUCCAACACAGAUAAAAACAAAUCUGUCACACCAGUGCCAACAGAGACACAAACUCAAAGUACAACUAUAUCUGCAGACACCACACAACCAUCAGUUGAGUCUUCUCUGAGUUCUGAUGAGAAGACUGGAGCAGACCAGGUCACAGGAAGCACAGAUGGAUGCAAGCAAUCACAUGCUUCAAGCUAUGCUGCUGUCAUCAUCAGCCCAGUCCAAGUGCAACUUAAUGGGUCUGCUCUUCCUAGUGAAGGCCCUUCCAACUGCAGCAUAGGAGUAGCCACAAAUCCCUCUAUAAGUCUGAGUUCUAGUCCUUCUACCACCUCCCCAAAUUCUCCCAUUGGGUCCCCAGAGCUGCAAUCCUCUCCUCAGCACUCCACAUCAGCUGCAAAUAAUACAGGGCAAAGACUGACCCCAGACAGAGACAGCUCAGCUGACAACAAACCCCCUUCACCUGUGCCAGAAGGAUAUCACACACCCACCUUCCCCUUGGCAUCCUACUACUAUUCAUUGCUAAAUGUGCCACAUGUCCCUUACACUGGGUACACUGCAGUAACCAUCCCUGCCAUUCAGCCACCGCUCCCAGAGAAGAAGCGGCAUUCCUCCACAGCAGCAUCCCCGAAUGGACACAGUGCUCUUCUCCGGGUCUCUUCAGCUCCUUUCCCUUCACACCAUGUUACUUUUUCCCCAGCUGUGGGAGAGCAAAGUAGGGGGUCUGCACAGCAGAGCUGUAGAGAAGAUGCAGACAUCAGAGUGAAUGCUAAGUUUGUCCAGGACAGCUCAAAGUACUGGUACAAACCAGGUAUCUCCAGAGAUCAAGCCAUAGCGGUGUUGAAGGACAAGGAGCCAGGAACGUUCCUUAUUAGAGACAGUAACUCCUUCCAGGGUGCAUAUGGCCUGGCCCUCAAGGUGGUCACCCCUCCUCCUAACGCCAACAUCACUGGGAACAAAGGGGAUCCUCUGGAACAGCUGGUGAGACACUUCCUCAUCGAGACUGGGCCACGGGGAGUGAAGAUCAAGGGCUGUCAGAACGAGUCCUACUUCGGAAGUUUAUCUGCCUUGGUGUACCAACAUUCAAUCACUCCCAUCUCUCUGCCAUGUGCACUCCGCAUUCCAGAAAAGGAUCUGGUUGGGGAGCUUCAGGAGAUGCAGAGUGCAACAAAUACAAGUACAGCAGCUGACCUCCUUAAACAAGGAGCAGCAUGCAACGUGCUCUACCUAAACUCAGUGGAAACAGAGUCAUUAACGGGGCCAGAGGCUGUUUCCAAGGCAACCAAGUGUACUUUGGCUCUGAGUCCACGCCCAGUGGCAACGGUGGUCCACUUCAAAGUGUCCUCUCAGGGUAUCACGCUAACCGACAGCAAAAGAAGGUUAUUCUUUAGGCGGCACUAUCCAAUCAACAGUGUCACUUUCAGCAGUCUUGACCCUCAAGAUCGGAGGUGGACUAAUUCUGAUAGCACGUCAAGCAAGAUGUUUGGCUUUGUGGCGAGACGGACGGGCACUACUACUGAGAACGUUUGUCACCUGUUUGCUGAGAUGGACCCGGAGCAGCCAGCCUUGGCAAUUGUCAACUUUAUUAACAAAGUCAUGCUGGGACCACAGCUACGACGAUGAGAAACCAGGCCGAUGAAAACUAGUGGACUAUUUUGACAUACUGAAGUGUUUAUAUAUUGCAAAAUCAUGUUUUGUUUGUAUUUAUGCAAGUGACACCUCUGUGAUAUAUAAAACUGUUUUUAUAAGAUAAUCCACUUUAGACAAAUCAUAGUUCUGCAGGGCAACAUAUUAUACAGUUGUCAUAUUACAGCGCAGAGCUAAAGGAGAACAGUUCGAAAAGCCAAAGAGUGACCUAACGUUGCCAGAUGAGAUUAUAACAAGAAUUUCAUUUGGUUUCUGGGUUUAUUUGUUUGAUUUUAUGUUUUGGUUUUUAUUUUUUAUUAGUAUUUAGUUCACAUGAUGUACAAAUAAAUACACAAACUGUAUCAAGGAAAACUUUCUAUACCUUAGUACUGAAAACUAAAGGAAAAGAGGUGAAGAGGAUCUUAAUGUGGUAGAAAGCAUGUGUCACGUUUAAAAGUAUAAAGUGACUUUUUACAUUUGUGUCCCUUGAGUUGUAUGAGAAAAGGUAAAGUAAGUGACUUAAUAAAAGAUGAUCUUUGAAGAAAGUGCCUUUAGUUACAUUUAAAUCAGGGGUUAUGUAUUCAAAAGGCCUCAAUUCUAGUAAGUGUAUUUUCGUUAGUGAUAAUCAGGGCUGUCUAUAAAAACAUUUGUUUUCAGUUCAACCAGUUGUCAUAUAAAUUAUACAUUGCUAAUGUAUAAAUUCAUAAAAUUCUGAAAUCCAUCCUUUUAUAUUUCUUGUGGAUGUGCAAAGCUUGAUCUCUAUUUUUUCUCUUUUAAAACCAAGCAAAACUGGUUUUGUCAUGAAGCACUGACAAUAUUGGUGAAACUGAACUGAUUUCUAAUUGUAUUGAUGCAUGCGCCAAAACUAGAUAAAUUUAGGGAAUAAUAAUAGGGUGACACACAGCCCUCAUUUGUUAUAGUAAGACACCUCGGUUUGCCAUGCAAAAAAGGUGUAGCAAAAUAGAUUUUUUAAAGAUUCCAUAUCAUCGGUGAGUCUUGCUCCAAGAUUUUGACAAACAUCCAUAAAAAUGCUUAAAGUAAGUGUUGUGCUUUAAAAGAGGAAAUUGACUUCAAGCCAAAGAUUUAUCAUGUAAAGAUAUUUGAAUGAUUUUUUUCCUCAUUUUCUUUUAAUUUUUCUUUUUUUCUUUUUUUAAAUAACCAUCUCUGUUUGAUAAAUGUGUUUUCUAUAAGCUAGGACAGUAUUUAGCUAUUUAGGUUAUUUCAGCACAAAUGUUAUUUUUAUUAAAGGAUUUUUUCUUGGUUAAAGAAGUAAUAUAUUUUAGGUGUUUGAGACGUUGAAAAGAAUGGUGUAUGUCAUAUUUGACAUGAAAAUU